AUGCAGCUGGGCGCUGUCCCCAAUGACUCCAUUCAAGCGCUCAACCCCAUCGCCUGUGUUCUGCUCGGCCCAAUAAUUCAAGAGUUUCUCUACCCCGGUCUUCAAAAGAGGGAGAUCGCAUUCGGGCCAAUUGCUCGUAUGACCUGGUCGUUUGUGACGAUGAGCUCAGCGAUGGCAUUUGCUGUAGGGUUGCAAAAGCUGAUCUAUACACGGGGACCGUGCUAUGAAUCCCCGCUGACUUGUGCGGAUUCCGACGGAGGAAGAAGACCCAACAAUAUCAGCGUCUGGGUGCAAACACCCGUGUAUUUCCUGCUUGCAUUUGCCGAGAUUUUGGGAUUCACUACCCUGUCUGAGUACAGCUACUCGAAGGCGCCUAAAGACAUGCGCAGUCUGGUGCAGGCCCUGCGACAGGUCACCGCUGGGAUUGGAUCUGCUUUGGGGAUGGCUCUGUCACCAGUGGCUGUUGAUCCAAAGGUGAUAUACAUGUACACGGGACUGUCGGCAACGAUGAUUAUUGUUGCCCCAACUUUCUGGGCGGCCUUCAGACGUUACGACAAGAUUGACGAUGAGCUGAAUGAUAUUGGGUUGAUGCAACCAGAUGGCCGUGAUGAGAUGGAAGAGACUACGUCUAAUGCAUGUCUAUAA